AUGUCGGGAGCGGCGGGGCCGGGGCCGGGGCCGGCGGCGGGGCCGAGCCGUUCCCCGCUGCCCUGCGCCCCCCGCCCCGCCGCCGCGCUACAGCUGGGCGGGGGGGCCGAGCCGGCGCGGCCCGGCGUCACCGUCAUCGACCUCCGCUUCCCCCGCGGCGCCGCCGCCGACGUGCAGGAGAUCGUCUUCAGGAACUUCUACACGGCCUUCCUGAGCGUGCGGGUGCAGCGGCCCGGCCCCACCGGCUCCCGCCGGUGGGUGACCUGCCUGCGGGACUACUGCCUCAUGCCCUGCCCGCACACCGAGGAGGGCUCCCAGGACUACUUCUCCCUCCACCGACACCAGAUGCUGUGCGACAUGGACCAGGUGACGGCGGUGCGGUUCAUCCUGCGGCAGCCCUCCCCGGUCUGGCUCCACUUCACCAUUGAGGAGCUGCAGAUCUUUCCCCUUGGACAGAAGAGCCCCCAGAAGGAUUUUCCCUCCUGGCUCUCCCAGCUGACCCCUCCGGAGCAGCCAACCAGCCUGCACAAGCAGGGCCCUGCUCACGCUGCUGCGUUGAGAAACCACCGGCAGGAGCUCCCUGACCCAGAGAAGGUGUCGACAGAGGUGCAGCAAAUGUGGGUGCUGACGGAGGUGGUCCGGGCUCGCCAGGCAGCUGCCCGCAUCGGGCGCUUUGACGUGGAUGGCUGCUAUGAUAUCAACCUGCUUUCCUACACGUGAGCCCCGCCAGUGCUGGCCAGAGGGAGCCGGCUCUUCCAUGCUCCCGGGGCCCAAGAGGACUCCUGUGUUCCUGCACUGGCCUUUGUUCCUGGGGGUUCCCAGGCCCUCCCCGUGCCCCAUCCCCUGCGCUGGCUGGCAGGGCAGCUCCCCCCGCUACCUCUGCCCUGGGGAGCAGCCCCAGCCCUGCAGGCUGAGAGACACGGCUCCCGCAGACACGGGGGUGCUGGGGCCGGCGCCCGGCGCGCCGGGGGUCCGAGGACGUGACGGGGAGCGCCUCGGUCACGACUAAAAGCUGCUACGUUGGCCCUG